AGCUUUCCUGACUCACAUAUACUUAGUUAACUUUACUCAUUAAUAUAAAAUACAUACUUCUUACUAGGUUUUGUUGAGUUACAGUCAAUUGCAGGUUGAAAAUAACAAUUUACUUAAUUGUUUGAGUGCCGCUUACUUGAAACAAGCAAGUACCAACAAAGGAUGCAAUGACGUUAUCACACCAGUGAGAGGCAGCAGUGCAAUAAAGCGUACCUAAUGUGCAGAAAAAAAACGAAGAAAAAGAAGCGGCACUGCAAGAGCAUGCGUACUAUCUCGGCGCCAAUUCUCCAGAUGUGGAAAGACGUUGACAGGCCACCUACGUUUUUAUCCGGAGCUUCGUUACUUUUUUGAAAGAAAAAGAAUAAUAAUAAGAAGAAGUCCUUCUGGCAGCUGCCUCCUGAUUGGUCUUCAACAAACAGGUCUUGAUACACUGGUGAGGACUUUAUAUUUUGUUAAUAUUUUGUUGACUAAACCAACUUAAAAUAUUUGUCCACCUCACAUAAUCUCUUGCAGAUGCAGUGGAACUGUAAGCACUGUGUUUUUUCUGCAAACAAAAGAGGACUUUUGUUAAAACAUUAUCGUCUAAAACAUGGAGGCUUCACUCGACAACAGCCAAUACCAUGUCUUCAUAUGGAUUGCUUAUGCUCUUUCAAGUCUUUUAACGCACUCAAAGUGCACUUAUCUUUUUGGCACUCUCAAUCAGACAGACAAACAAGUGAACCCAAAGUUGCGUUUCACUGCCAGUUAUGCGAGUAUGUGCGUCCCUGCACUGAAUCUGAGUUUUUCACUCAUUUACGCAGUCAUUUAAAACUUAAACAAAGUGUUUCAUGCCCAUAUGAAGGCUGUCAGUUUGAGAGUAAUAUAUAUUCAACAUUUAAUGCUCACAAAAGCAGAGUACACAGUGGGAGUUCUACAACCCAAUUUAAAGGUCCAAUACUUUCAAACAUUGAACAAUUAGAUCAACUGACUGAAGUGGCUGAAGAGGUGCCUUUACAGGAUGACAAUUGUGUAAAUGAGUCUGUAGAUGACAUGCAGGACUUAGAUAUUCAGUUAGAACGUAACCUGGCUUCAUUAUUUUUGAAAAUGCAAGCAAUCCUGCAUAUAUCUGAAAGCGCUGCACAAGAAGUAAUCCAGCAGAUUAAUCAGAUUCAAAUGCUUUCAGAGCCAUUACUACAAAAUGCUGUCCAGAAAAUUAUCAGUCAUCACUGUAGUGAUGUGGAUAAUUCCAUAGUAAGUGACAUUGUUAGUGUAGUGUCACAAAGUAAUGUCCUGCUGAAAUUUACCAGUGCAGAAGGAUCCCUGUCAACAGCUAGCAGAAGAGCAUCUUAUAUGCUGCGAGAAUUUCCAGUCGUCAUGCCAGUUGAGUUUGCUCUUGAUAAAGAUCACUCAUUUGUUUAUGUCCCCAUACUGAAAAUGUUGAAGACAUUGCUCAACAAUAAGGACAUUUUGGAUAAGGUGCUGCACGCAGAGGGGAUUUCACCCGAAGGAUACCACUCAUUCAGAGACGGCUCUCAUUUCAAAGAAAAUAUUCUUUUGAAUGUAGAAGAAUGUAGGAUUGCCCUUGGUCUAUACAUUGAUGACUUUGAAGUUGCUAAUCCAAUUGGAACCUCCAAGAAAAAACACAAACUAUGUGCCAUAUAUUGGGUACUUGCAAAUCUUGAUUCCAAGUAUCGGUCGGCUCUUCACUCCAUCCAACUUGCACUUUUGUGCAAAGUUCACACUGUAAAAGAGCAUAGCUAUCAUGAAGUUCUUCGUCCUCUCAUUCAGGACAUUGCAACUCUUGAGGAAAGUGGUGUGUAUGUUGAACGAUUAGCAGAAAGUGUUAAAGGCACUGUACUUUAUGUGGCAGCGGACAACUUGGGGGCUCACUCUUUGGCAGGAUUCCAUGAGAGUUUUGCAGCAGAUUAUUUUUGUCGGUUUUGUAUGUGUAAACAACAUGACAUUCAGGAUAAGGAGGUCAGAUCUGGUCUACUUCAGCCAAGGACAAGAGAGAACCAUGAAAAACAUGUGCACGAGGUUUCCCGUGACCAUCUUAUGGCAAAACAUCAUGGCGUAAAAAGAGGAUGUCCACUAUCUGAAAAAUUGACACACUUUCACGUGGUGAACGGUUUCCCACCUGACAUUCUUCAUGAUUUUUUGGAGGGUUUAGUACCAGUAGAAUUGUCACUGUGCCUUAAGGAUUUGAUUGCCAAAAAAUAUAUUUCUUUGGAGUCUUUGAAUAGGGCUAUUAGGCAGUUCCCUUACACAUUUUCUGAUAAAGCUGACAAACCACAGAUCAUUCCAAAAACUUCCUUCUCUAGGGGAACUACUGGGGGAAAUGGUCAUGAAAAUUGGUCUCUGCUGAGGCUGCUUCCAUUGAUGAUAGGCCAUAACAUCCCUGAAGGAGACCAAUCAUGGGAGAUACUGAUGCUUCUUAAAGAUACACUGGAGUUGGUAAUGUCAGCACACUUUACGGAAGAGUUAAUACACAUCUUGGACUGCAAAAUCUCAGAACAUCGUGAGUUAGUUCAGAAAACUUUUCCAAACUACAGACUUCGUCCCAAACAUCAUUUCAUUGAACACUAUCCUCAAAUGAUACAAAUCUUUGGCCCUCUAGUAGAUGUGUGGACAAUGAGGUUUGAAGGGAAGCACAAAUUUUUCAAGAAAGUUGUGCAUGACACAUGCAAUUUCAAGAAUGUAGCACAUAGCUUAGCUGUAAGACACCAGAAAAUGAUGGCCUUCCAUUUGGAUUCCUCAACAUUCUUCAAGCCUCUUUUGGAAAUUGAUAAAGUGAGAUCAGUUAUGGUCACAUCUUUCCCUGAGAAUGUUCAGAGCUCACUGCAUCAGCAAAAUGGCAAGCAAUCUGCAGUGCUGGUUGCAUCAUCUGCAUGUGUUCAUGGUGUAAAAUACUGUGCAGAUAUGAUUGUCUCUGUUGGCAGUUGCUCAGGUCUUCCAGAGUUUAGACAAAUAACACACAUUGUGGUUAUCAACACAGAAAUUAUGUUGGUCUGCAGGAUUUUGAGCUCCUGGUACAUUGAACAUUUGCGUUCUUAUGAAUUGUGCUAUGGUGGGGCAGGGUGUCUUACAGUGACCCAUCUGUCUGAGCUUAAUGAUGUUUUCCCCUUAUCUGCCUACCAAGUAAAAGGCAAUGUGUAUGUGACCCUGAAACGUUUCAUUCUGUGCUGAAUGAAAAUGUAUCAAAUGGCCACUAAAGAGAAUUUCUUUUUUUUCUUAUAUUUUUUAAGAACAAUGGAAAGCUAUAAAGUAAGACUCAUCCUAACUGAACAGGACAUAAGGAAGUUGUCACUGGAUGCAAAACCCAAAAAUGUUGAGGAGCUGAAGAUAAAAAUCAAAGAAAAAUGUGAUCUGCAGUAUGAUUUCAAUGUGAUGUAUGAAGAUUCAGACUUUGACAAUGCCUUCUGCAACCUUGAAGACAUAGGUGACCUACCAGCUUCAAGAGCUACAGUGAAGGUAAUCCCAUUGUUGGUUACCGCCUCAACCACCAGCAUGUCUGAUGACUCCUGUGUUUCCAACGAUACAGUGAUUAUGCCCACAGACAGCUCAUCUACAAGACACAAUCCAUGGCCAGAGAUUUUUUAAAUUUCCAGAUUUUUCUGUCGAUGUAGAAUUCAGACUCAGACAGUCUAAUCUUCAAUAUCUACGAGACCAGACGUACCUCAGUGUAACAAGAGACAUGAAGCAUAGCAUUUUAGAAAAGCUUGCUGAAACUAUUUACAAGUUUGAUGCGUAUCCGAAUAAUGAGCGUAUUAAUUCUGUGGCACUAGCACUCAUUAACAAACAUCCCUGCCUUAAGGAGCAAGGUUCACCGGAUGGGUGCUCUAGCUGGAAGCACAGCUUAAAAUUCAAAAUGGGAAACUAUCGGACUAAACUAAGAAAAGCAGGAUGUGUGGAGGUUGGUGUAAACGGAGGCAAAACAGGUGGCCCGGGAAUGGCAGCAAAAGGACUGAAAAGGCCAAAAAGGUCUGAGGUAAAUUACUUACCAGAACACCCUGAGGGACAGAAUGGAGACAGCCUAGAGGCUGUGAGACAGCUUCUGGUUGAAGAAAUGAGGAAAGUGAACCCUAGUGGAACUUUCAUUGCAUCAAAGAUGGACCUGACCUUCUCAAUGCGAAGACAUGAGAUUGUGGAUGCAGAAACUCCAGUGAAAACAUUGAUGGAGCGGUGGCCAGCACUUUUUACUGAGAGACAAGUGUUUGCAGAGUUUAACAGGAUAGUCACCACAGAUCUGCAUUGUAACUUUUAUGGUGCUGUGGAUCGCUACACACCACGCUUUGUCACAAUCUUCAAGUCCAAGAAAGGGACCGUUGGAGAGAAAUUGGAUGAGCUUAUGCAGCAAAUGAAUACAGGGAAAGAAGCAGAUGUGACAGCAAUGCGCACUCUUGUGCUCCGGGGCUUACCUAUCCUGCUUGGUGAUGAUGCCAGUAACUUCUACAAUACCUGCAAUGCAUGUGAGGUUGAUGGCUGGCCACAAGUGUCCAUUGGGGUGCUGACUGUUAUUGAUGAAGAAGAACCUCUCAUUCCAAAUAAACUGUACCUUGACCCAGUGUCUACUGCAGUCAUUGUGGAGGGAGGUAUAGUACUGGAUAAUCUGCAGAAUCUGCCUCAGGCAAUUUGCAUCUUGUUUGGUCUGUCUUAUGCUUUAAAUUUGGAGUACCCAAAAGGCAUGAUCAACACUUUCAACUUCAUUCAGAAAGUGAUGCUUGGUUUGGGACAGAACAAACUGCCACCAAAACUACAAUCUCUGAAAAAUCUCCUGUUGAGCUGAGAUGUAAUCAAAUGUGAAAGAGUGAAAAUUGACAUUUGAUUUAAGAAAAAAUGUUCUUUGAUUAAAAAAAAAAGUUCUGACAGUGGAAUAAGAGUAGUUGAUAGAAGAAAAAAAAGGAAAACUAAGUCACUUGUUUAAAAUUGUCAGCCCAUUGGUUCUUGAGCAAGUUAUGAGGCUGCCAGUGUAAUCGAUGUUUGUCAGAGACAUUGCUUUUGGCACUCGUCAACUCGUUGGUUAAAUCAAGUUUGGUCUCUGAAAUGUUGUUGAUUUAAAGUUGUUAAGAUUCAAGGUAUGGCCCAUUUACUUAGAUUUUAUAUACAUUUAUUUAGAUUUUUGUACUGUAAAAUAUUUUUGUUUUAAACAUUUUAAAAACCUGACUAUUUGCAUUAAUUUUUACCCCAGUGCGUGUGUACCAUCCU